AGCCCACAUCUCCCUCUGGCUUGGGGCUGCAGUUCCAGUUCAGCCGUACACAAGACCAGGAUGUUCACAUUCUGCAGGCUCAGCUUUGGCUCUAUCUUCGAGUUCCUGGAGACCUUGUAGCCACCCUCACCCUGAGAAUCUUCCUUGCUGGUGGGGAAGGUGAUUUGGUGGGGAGCAAUCGCACGUUGCUGUGUGAGAGGCGACUGAGUGCUAAGGGCAGUGGCUGGCACGCCUUCACCCUCAUGCCUGACCUGCAGAGUUUCUUUGGGGGAGAGCAUAGGACCCUGCGGCUGGAACUGGAGAGCCGUGGGGAUGGGGGUGAUAUCAUGGCAAUAGUCAAUGCCAGCCGGAUCCACCAGCCCUUCUUGCUGGCCGAGGCAAAGGUGCGGGAGCUGGGACACCAUGUGGCCAAGCGCAGCCUCCGCUGCAGCCAGAACUCCAACCUCUGCUGUCGCAAGGACUACUACGUGGAUUUCCGUGACAUCGGUUGGAAUGACUGGAUCAUUAAGCCUGAGGGCUACCAGAUAAACUAUUGUGUGGGCCAGUGCCCUCUGCAUGUGGCAGGCAGUCCUGGGAUGGCCUCUUCUUUCCACACAGCUGUCUUCAACCUCGUCAAAGCUAACAACAUCCGGGCAUCGGGGCACUCUUGCUGCGUGCCCACGCGACGCCGGCCACUUUCUGUCCUCUACUUCGAUCGCAAUAGCAACAUUGUCAAGACUGACAUCCCUGACAUGAUUGUUGACGCCUGUGGCUGUAGCUAG